ACUGGAUAAUCGUAGCCAGACCAGUUCGGUCCAAAACCAUGUCACGGAUGCGGGGGAAUCGCUUGUGGGACGCACGGUGGUGAUACACUGGCCCGGGCUAGCUGGCUAGUCAGUAGGGUCUGAGGUCGGAAGUAGGCCACGGUGGAAAUGGAUCCGAAAAGUAGUGCUGGUGAAUAUAUAAGUGCUGUCUUAAAACCGGAAAUGGAGAGAGGAUUAGAAGAAAAGCUACGGAUUAGUCAGAAAGAGAGGCUUUCAAGUGGAGGGUCAGGUCGUUCUCCAACAAAGGCAGCCAUCGUGAUCCAAGAGGACUCCCUUCCAGCUGCACCACCUCCACAGAUACGCAUUUUGAAACGACCCACCAGCAACGGAUCCUUAGGAUCUUCUGAAACACAGAACCGACCCUCUCCCCGAGUGAAGUCCUUAGCACAGAGGGAGGCGGAAUACGCAGAAGCCAGGAGAAGGAUCCUUGGCAGUGCUGAUGACACACCCCAAGAGAGACCCAAUUCAGACAGAUCACUGCGUGUGAGCAGCCACACACCUUCAGAAGACACAAGAUCAAACAACCAUGUGGUUCGUCAGCCAGCAGGUCCAGAUGGUACACAAGGCUUUCGCCAGCGCAGAUGGGAAUAAAGGUCUGGGUAGAGAGGAGAGCUAAUGAUCCAUCUCCCAGCAUAACGCUGCAGUUCUUAUCACUUUUUAAACCAAUAUUUAGUAUGUGGGAUAUUUAAGAAAGAAGAAAAAACCUCUUACCCAUUUAUGGCUCCUAGGCCAGUGUGGAAUGUAAAAAGGGGAGGAAAUAGAACACGGAAGAGCGAGUGGGGCAAAACCUUUUCUGCCCCCAUUUUACACUGUGAUGAGGACAACUUCUGGACACUGCUCACUGUGAUACCAAAUCACCCCCUGCCCCGAACCCCAACAAACUGCAAAUCACCCCCACCCCCUCCUAAUUUAACUGUGACUGGCGACCCGUCUACCAAUGGAAUGCAUUGUAUUUUAGGCUAUUGUGUGAUCUGGAGAUCAGCCAUGACCCUCUCUGAGAAAGACGGUUGCAGCAUUAUGUAUUAUGAUGCAAGAGAGGCUAUGAUGUAAAUGUAUGAGGAUGGCACAGGGCGUCAGCUCUCAGCAAUAAUGAUAUCUUGCUUUAUAAAUUUUUUCAAUUUUUUCUUUCCAUAAUGUUCUUCCCAUGCUUUUGUACUGGUCAUAUUGGUCUGUUUUAAUUUUGGCUAUGUAUGGCAUAGUCUGCUAAAUGCCAUACACUUUUAAUUAGUAAGGGAAUGGUGAAGGUUCUGUGGAAACAAUUAGUUUAAGUUCUGUUGUUUUUGAUUAGUCUCAUUUUUAAAUCCUGGGUCUUCCUCUGACUCCUAAUUUUUAUAAAAAGGGGGGAAAAUAGGAAUAAAAUUAGAGAAAACAAUUAUCAUAUUAAUGUUUUUCUGCCUUUUUAUGAGAUUCAAGAAAGCAGUUAUCAAGCUCUCAGUAAUGAUCAAUUAUUAUAAAUAAAAUGACCUGUAAAUGUGCUGGAAAUGAUCACAGGAAGACAUAAAAGGGAAAAUGUUUUGCUGGCUCCUCAUUUCCCUUUUUGAGAUUUUACAUCUGUUAUUUUUACCAUUUUCUUCACUGAAGUCAGAACUCAGGUCUUUGAGGAAACCGAGAGACUGAAUAAACUAUUAUUGUUUUUAGUUUUUAAUUUAGUGGUGGUACAAUAGGGAGCUUUUCUUAAAUGUAGCUUAUGACCAUCCACAAGAGCACCUCUAAACUGGAGUACUGGAUAGCGUACAAGAGAUUAUUUAACUGUUUUUAAGAAAAACUAGACAUUCUACAGCAGCAAUGGUUCAAUAUGACUUCAACUGAAGUGUUAACUCCGUUGCUGGCUCUUGCAAUAUAGCAUCCACAGAAGAGCCAAACUACUGUACAUUAAUCCCAUUCCCUUUGCCAGAUACUCAUUAUGCUGUUUUUCAAAGAUGUCUGAAAAUUCCCAGCAAUGUAUGGGAAUAUACCCUUUAAUUUGUGCAGCUGUCUACAUUAUAUUGCAUCAAAUCAACCAGAACACUGUCAUGAUCUGCAAAUGAACAUGGAAAUCUGCCUGUAAAUACUUUACAAAAUACCCCUUUAAUAAAGACUUUUUAAAAUAA